AUGGCAGAACUGAUGGCUGCAGAGUCGGUGACUUUCAGAAACUUCACCAGAAUCGGGCCUGCUAUGUUCCAUGAGCUAUUACAGGUCGUUGGUCCCAGGAUCACGAAGAACCACACCUGGUUCAGACAGUCCAUCAAUCCAGAUUUGAAGUUGACAAUUAACUUAAGAUUCUUGGCCACAGGAGACAGUUACCGCUGUCCACUUGGCUGGGAGUUUUUUAAUGCCAAGUGUUACAUGUUCGUUGGCAACCAGAAACUCAUAAUAGAGGAGGCAGACGCCGACUGCUGGCAUCGGGGUGGCGCUCUAAUCAGUAUUUCCGACGUUAGUGAGCACCAGUUCGUCGUCUCCAGGCUCCGCAUUCUGCACACCUCCGACGAGUAUGGGGUGGGUGACUAUUUUACCAGCGGAAGCUUCUAUGGCGGCCAGCUGUUCUGGGAUAGCGAACUAGAUACGAGUGGACGGAGUUAUUGGGUGACAAACGUCCCGCCUCCUGCCAGCAGCAAGUUUACGAGAAUAGCAUACGUAUGGGGAGGUUCCGGUUUGGGCGGCUACGGCUGGAACGUAGUCCCGUCGAGCCGUCCGGCGUCCUACAUCUGCGAGAUGACGCUGGCAAACGCCGCCUUCAGGCGUAUAGAGGACAGGAGCGUGGCGUACGGCAUGGACCCGUCGGAUACGCAGCAUGUGAAACGCGGGCCGCUCAUUACCGAGGAGCCGAAGGACAUCGUCGUGUUUCCCGGGACACCCAGCACAUUCAUUGAGUGCAAAGCCGAAGGAUACCCGACUUAUAAAUGGCGGCGCGUCAGUCCCAAUGGCGAGUUUCAGGAUGUGACGUCUGCGAUGAAAAGCAGGUACACUCUGACUGGUGGGCGAUUCACGCUACAGAGCCCCGUGGAGACUGAAGACCAGGGCAGUUACCAGUGCUCGGCACAGAACGAGUUUGGAGUCCUAAGUCCUUCUCGCCCGUACCCCCGGAGCGCGCCACAGCCAAGGAGUUUGAGGGAUACAGAAUCGCCUGCCAGGCCCCUUCAUACUACCCAGAGGUCCGCUACAGCUGGUUCCGGAACGGCACGAACGAGCCGAUCUUCGAGAACCACGAGAACAUGUUCGUUUCCGGCGAGCGGUUACCUCUACUUCUCGGACGUACAGGAGACGGACAACAAGAAGUACUUCUGCCUUGUGACGUUAGGCGUCAACGAACUGUGGCAGGCGUCUACCAACCAGCCGCCCAGCGCCAUCAGCCUUGGUGUCUGGCUCGACGUCCUGAAAAACAAUCCUGAUCCCAUUGCUCCUGUGAUCUACACGCACACUUACCCGUCCCCGCCCAUUCGAGGGGCAACCAUCCGCAUCGAGUGUAUCGCCUAUGGAACGCUUCCGCUGAUAUACACUUGGCGAAGAAAGGACGGUCGACCCUUUGAGCCGGGAACCACAAUUUCCGACUUUAGCCGAGUGCUCACUAUUCCGAAUGCUGAAAUUUCUGCAGAAGGGGAUUACGAGUGCACCGUCAAGGGGACGAAGUCGAUUACUUCCAAAGUUAUCGCUCUUACUAUUGAAUCUCGUCCCUAUUUUCCGUUCGGUAUUGGAGACCGCAUAGCCGACCCCGACAAGCAGAUCACGUGGCGCUGCAAGGCGGUCGGCAGGCCCAUGCCGACGUACACCUGGUUCAAGGACGGCGAGCUCCUGCAGGCUGUCCAUGGGGAGAUUGAGAUACAGAAGAAUGUGCUCGUUAUUCGAAAAGUGAAUGAGAACCGGGACCAGGGGAUGUACCAGUGUGGUGCCAGCAACCUGUACGGGACCACCUACAGCUACGGACAGCUCAAGGUCUUACGGUUCGCACCGUCAUUUGCGCGCCAUCCCAUGGCUGACAGCGUCAGCAUUCCUGAGGGCGGGAACUUUACCAUCCGCUGUGACGUAGAGGGCGCGCCGGAACCGGAAGUAAUUUGGCUAAAGAACGGCGCUCCGUUGGGCGUCGUGGGAGGCAAUUUGGGCGGUAACAUUGGCAUGACGGUGGACUUUGCGCUGGUCUUGAGCAACAUCGUGCAGUCAGACGCUGGUCUGUACACGUGCCAGGCAACGAACUCAGAGGGCCAGGUCUCUAGCGCAAUACAGGUCAAGGUCGUGGUCGGUAUCAUCAUGACACGUCCCCCGUCAGAUGAGUCCGUGUUGAUCAACCGUACGGCGUUUAUAUACUGCCAGGCUGGAUACAACGCGCAGCAGUUUGACGUCAUGUACGUCUGGCGUCUCAACGGUCACGUGAUUAACGUCUCAUUGUCUGACGGCCACUACAGACAGGAAUUCCGGGAGAAUCAGUACGGUCUGUACAUCCUUAACGCCCAGUACGAGCACGCCGGGUACUACGAGUGCCAGGCGAUGACGACCAUACACUCCGUGCGCGCGGGAGCCAUGCUGCGCGUAUAUGGACCACCAGGGGCGCCGGCCGGAGUCUACGUGUUCGGGCCCGUGGACGCCACUUCCGCCCGGCUCGUGUGGACGAUCGGAUCGGAUGUGCACCACGGGAGCCUCAUCAACUUUUAUGACGUCGAGGCGGAAAUGCAUCUGAUCCGGCCCAACCAGUGGGAGGUGGUCAUGACAGACAUCCCGGAGCAACAGGCGCAGCUGCAGGCCUCCGAAAUGGGCUUUCGGCAGGACCAGCGCACCGUCUUGGUAGACACGCUACUUCCGGACAUCUCGUAUCGCUUCCGGUUGCGCGCGUCGAAUUCGUACGGCAAGGGACAGGAAGCCAGCCGACCAUCCAUCAGUAUCAAGACGGACGCCACGGCCCCACUGUCGGCCCCUACCAACAUCCGGGGCAAUGACGAAGGCAAAGUGGGGACGCUGAAUAUCCAAUGGGAUGCCCUUGACGUGUCCCAGUACGGCAGCGAUAACGUGGGGUACAACAUCUACUUCAAGAAGAAAAACGAUGCAAAGGAAUUUCAGCAUGCAAAAGUCGCAGGCGGUGAGUCCAAAUCCUACACGCAUCUAGUUGGCCUAGAGAACUAUUACCUCGAGUACACGGUGAAGAUUGGCGCCUAUAACGACAAAGGCAGCGGCCCAAAUUCAACCGAGACAGGUGUCAUGUCCGCUGAAGGAAUGCCCCUGGCCACAGUGUUGAUGGGAGACUGUAACAACUACAACGGUUCCGCUUUCUCUAUGGCCUGGAACCAGGUGGAAGACACACGCGAGAAACUGAAGGGGCGUCUCAAGGGAUAUAGGAUUCGCUACUAUGAGAAGGACGUUGAAGAUCACGUGUGGUGGUAUGACGUGUACGGACAGGCUGACAGCGCCAUCAUCAUCGGCCUCAAGGACAACACCAACUACUGGGCCUCCGUCCAGGUCAUGAACUAUGCCGGGGUCGGACCGCAGGGCGAGUACCGCCUUGCCGAGACGUUUCAUCUUCCACCCCAGCAAUACCCUCGACAUGUGAAGGUGUUUCCCCAUACCCAGAAUUCCGUGCGAGUCACAUGGCAAGAGAUUAUGACGUAUUAUGGCGAGGAGAUGAUCCAGGGAUAUAUUAUACGAGUGUGGAAAGUGCAAGAAGACAUCAGGUCUGCACGUGAUGUCAUAGUUGACGUCGUUUCCGAGGCGAUUGUCGACGGUUUGCAGACGAAGACAGUCUAUGUUCUGCGCGUGCUCGGGUUCUCAAUCGGAGGGGACGGCCAUCUUAGUCCGCACGUGUACUUCACUGUGGAAGGUCAAGCCGUUCCGUUCGACCCGACAACGACACGCUUCUGUUUUGACCAUACUACUUGUCGUGACUCGGCCAUUGGUCAUCGCGCUUCAAUAUUGACUAUCUGUGUGGCCUGUGUUCUUAAUUUCAUCCGACGGUUGUGGAUUCGAUAUGCAUAAUGUAUAACAUCGCUCUAGGAAAACGGGGUUUAAAGCAUCUUCGUAAAGUGGCGUCCCGGUUAACAAUUUUUUCUUGUAUGGUAUUUACGUUUAACAGUAGUCUCUGCUUAGUGAAAAUCCAGCGGAAAGUUUCGUCCCUUAUAAGCCCGUGCGGACUGCACAGGCUAAUACACGAUAACUCUUUACGAAAAUGCAUUUAACCAUGUUGUACAAGAACGACAAUCAAUUAUCUGCAUAUUUUGCAUGUUCUUUCCAUUAUAUUGCAUUCCUUUAAACCAUUUUAAUUCCAUUUUUCGAAUAGAAAUGCUAUCAUACGCGCAGUGGCGGCGGAAGUGACGUUGAUUUUAAAGUGAAAGUUGUUCCGGAUUUGUGUUUGUCAAGUCUUGUGUCACGCUUAAAUCAAACAUAAAACAGUAUUCUCCGUAUGAACAUUUAAACGAUUGGACAAAUACGGUAGCUGAAGUUUUAUUGUUCACAUUAUGGGUUGUACACUCUAAAUGGGAUAAGUGAGUAUGUGAUUUUUUACUCAUUGAAAAUACUUUAAAAUUAUUUAAGAGCAGUUAUAAUUUAGUAGGUUAAAAUGUUCCUACUAAAGAAAAAAUACCAAGCCUAUUUUGUAAGACUUAGUUGGAGAUAGUUUGAAUGUGUAUAUUAUACAUUUUAAACAACUGUUCAAUUAGUCUUCAAUGUUUAUGAUAGACUGAAAAAAGGGGGGUACAUGUACCGUGCACCAAAAGCGUAAAAAAGGUUUUGUGUGUGAAAUAUACGUAUGAAGGUGUCUCCUUGUAUGAACGAUCUCUUCAUGACAUUACAUAUUGAGCCUCGGUCAUGGAACAUUAGAAUUAAUACAUGUGCGUUAAGUGCAUCCCACAUUAGCCUGUGCAAUGCGACACUUUUUGGAUUAACUGGAUUUUCUAUAAGAAGAACAUUUCCAUAAAAGCGAAAAGGUUCGCAUUGAUUAGCCUGUGCGGACUGAAUAGACUUAUCAGGGACGGCGCUUUGUGCAUAUGCAUCGUUGCUGUUUUUUCCAAAACAAAGGCUCAAUUGAUUGUAUGAUUACGUUGGUAACUGUGUUGGUUGUUAGUAAAGUAUAUCCGAAACUACUUUUUGUAUGUUACUUGUAACUCAUCAUGUUAGUUUUAGCCAUAUACAUAUAUAUGCAAAUAGUGUAUAUGCUAUACACAUUUUUAAAUGUGAGGUAUGUUUAAAAUGAUAUUUGAAUUGUAUAACACACUUUGUAUAUGUUUUGUAUAUACAUUUUGUAUUAGUUUUAGAGUUUAGAACGGUUUUUAGUACAUGUUUUCGAUACUUGUUUUGUAUACUACACUUUUUAUGUGUGUGUAUGAACAUAUGUCUUAGUUGUAGAUUUUAAAAACGGUUUUUAUUACACUUUAAUAAAUGCGUAAAUAAAUAUA